CAUCUCCAGCACUCGAGGCCGUACCAGCCAAAGGAUCGAUCAGCGCCGACCAACUGCCAGGACACUUGAAGGUUUUUGCCGGGCGGCAACACCAGCGCACGGCGAGGUUUGCAAGAGAAGCCACCGUGGCCAUGAGGGGCAGCAACAUGCUCAGCUCCAGUGGGAGCAACAAAAGGACGCUGCAGCAGGAUUGCAGUGGCGGCAGCCAUGCCCAGGAGCACACCAAGAAGAAGUCUCGCAUCGGCAUGAGAACAGACUACACAUAUGCACCGUAUCAUGAUGGAUUCCAGUGGAGAAAAUAUGGGCAGAAGGUGAUCCGGGGCAAUGCCUUCCCAAGGUGCUACUACAGGUGCACGUACCACCAGGAUCAUGGCUGUUCGGCGAGCAAGAACGUGGAGCAGCACAACUCGGCGGACCCGCCGCUGUUCCGCGUGGUCUACACGAACGAUCACACAUGCAGCGGCGCUGCUGCUUCCGCAUCGGACUACAUGGCCUCGUCGAUGCACAUCCAGCAGAUCGCCGACGCCUCUCUGAGGAAGGCCGACACGGAACCGGAAAGGCCGCCGCGCCCGCAGCAGCCUCGCUCCGGCGGUGGCUACGCCGCGGCGAUAAAAGAGGAGAAAGACGCCAUCGUCUCCUCCCUGCUCACCGUCAUCAGAGGCAGCUGUGACGUUGUGAAAUCUGACGCUGCGCACGAGGGCUACAGCAGUGCGUCGCUGGCUAGUAACUGCUACGCGAUGUCAUCACCGUCGGUGGCCGGAGGUAGCCGUGAGGGUAGUAGCAGCUCUUCGGUUUCGCCAGUGGUGCUGCCGGCGCCAGAUGACAUGGGAUUGGGACUGGACUUCAUGGUGGAGUCCCACUGGUUCGAGCCUUUGGAUUUGGGUUGGUUCGUAGAAUAGUUGAGUACCUGAGUGUGUGCAUUCGAUUAUCCUAACACGACGUCCUUUUUUCCUGAGAUGUGGUGGGGGUUAGACAUGCUACUCACCAUAUCUCAAGUGAGAAUCUAGCUGGGUGGGUGAGUUCACAACUGUUUUUGCUCACCAUUGCACUCUAGAAGAGUUCUCGAUGACGUCAUGCACCCAUCCAUUUUUCUCUCUAUAGGGAGAGACAAAGAG